UCCAUGUUUUAUAAGUGUUGACAUAACACUGUAAAUCAGCCAUGCAUCCACAGAGUUUGGCUGAGGGGGAGAUAAAGACAGAGUCUGAUGUUGUGGAGGGGAUGGAUAUGUCAAUCCGACCCAAAGAUCCAGCAUCAGUAACAGUCGCAGCACAGAAGCGAAAGGCGCCCAGUCCGCCCGAUUCCUCCAAUGGGCACUCGCCCUCCGAAACCUCCCCCUCCUCCAUCAAGAAGAAGAAGAAGCCAGGAUUAGUUAACACUAACAACAAAGACCAGUCUGAGCUAAGGCAUGGUCCCUUUUACUAUGUGAAGCAGCCAGCACUCACAACAGACCAUGUUGAUGUUGUACCACAGGAUGGACGGAAUGACUUCUACUGCUGGGUGUGUCAUCGCGAGGGCCAGGUGCUCUGCUGUGAGCUCUGCCCGCGCGUGUACCACGCCAAGUGCCUGAAACUGGCCGCAGAGCCCGAAGGAGACUGGUUCUGUCCAGAGUGUGAGAAAAUAACGGUAGCAGAAUGCAUUGAAACUCAGAGCAAAGCCAUGACCAUGCUGACGAUAGAGCAACUUUCAUAUCUGCUGAAGUUCGCCCUGCAGAAAAUGAAACAGCCAGGAACAGAGCCAUUUCAGAAACCUGUUUCCCUUGAACAGCACCCAGACUACGCUGAGUACAUUUUCCACCCUAUGGAUCUGUGCACUCUAGAGAAGAAUAUUAAAAAGAAAAUGUAUGGCUGUACUGAGGCUUUUCUUGCUGAUAUGAAAUGGAUUCUACACAACUGCAUCAUUUACAAUGGAGGUAACCACAAACUUACACAAACGGCAAAAGUGAUUGUCAAAAUCUGUGAACACGAAAUGAAUGAAAUUGAAGUUUGUCCAGAAUGCUACUUGUCGGCUUGUCAGAAGAGGGACAACUGGUUCUGUGAACCUUGUAGUCAGCCCCACCCACUGGUCUGGGCAAAACUAAAAGGAUUCCCCUUUUGGCCAGCCAAGGCUCUGCGGGAGAAAGACGGCCAAGUAGACGCACGAUUCUUUGGGCAGCACGACAGAGCAUGGGUACCGAUCAACAACUGUUACCUCAUGUCCAAAGAGAUCCCAUUCUCCGUGAAGAAAACCAAGAGCAUUUUCAACAGUGCUAUGCAAGAGAUGGAAGUAUAUGUUGAGAACAUCCGCAAAAAAUACGGUGUUUUUAACUACGCCCCCUUCAGGACUCCGUAUACCCCCAACAACCAGUUUCAGAUGCUCCUGGAUCCGGCAAACCCAAGCGCUGGCACUGCCAGACCUGACAAACAGGAGAAGAUCAAGUUGAACUUUGACAUGACUACAUCGCCCAUGAUGCACCUGGGCAAGAGUGUUUUAUCAGGUGGGGCUGCCCGCAAGAUUUCCAUGACAGACAUGCCACGAUCUCCUAUGAGCACCAACUCCUCUGCCCAUACAGGAUCGGAUGUAGAACAGGAAGUGUCAGAGCGUGGAAAUCGGGCACCUUCUUGUCCCUACAGCACAGGGGAGGAGUCUAUGGACUACACAGCAUCCCCGGCAUCCGUAAAGACAGGUCCUGCUGGCAGUUCGACAGGCAGUCCUAAGUCUUUCCCCCCGACACCUCUUUCACUAAAACAAGAGAGGGCCCCUCCCACAGGCAGCAUUCUAAACCUCAAUCUGGACCGUAUUAAAGCAGAGAUGGACCUAAAGGAGCUGAGUGAAACUGUACAGCAGCAGCAGCAGCAGCAACAGCAACAGGGGGCUCCAGUUCUCCUCACCUCCCCCAGGAAAUCCGUCAGGAGCCUGGAUAAGACAAUAGAGAGCUGCAAGGCCCAGCUAGGUAUUGCUGAGAUCUCUGAAGACGUAUACCGAGGGGUAGAGCACAGCGACUCGGACGAAUCGGAUAAGUCCGACUCGAGCGAUAGCGAGUACCUCAGCGACGAGGAUCAGAAACCCAAAAACAACGGCAUCAACCGUAACCCUAGCCAAACCGACCGCGAACCCAAAAAGAGAAACAGACACCCGUCCUCUCACACGACAGAGCCCGAGGAUGACAAAAAAACGCCCGUGUCCGACCCGAAGGAGAAGCAGAGCGGCCCUUUGGAGAAGGACGCUCAGGAGAAGCCUGAGACUCCUCAGAGCCAGCAGCAGAAGCAGAGAGAGAAGUUUGCUGGUCAGGACAAGGACAGGUUAACUGAUUCAGACUCAGACAGAGAGCUGGUCAUCGACCUCGGGGAAGAGCAGGCAGGCAGAGACAGGAAGAGGAUAAAGAGAGAGGCAGCAUCAGCUCCACCUUCCUCCACACCUAAAGACACUACAUCUAGUAAACCAGAGAGUAAAGUAUGUUCAUCAGCGAGCACUUCAUCUUCUGCAUCAGGCGAUGCCAACACUUCAUCAUCUAAUCCUGGCACAAAAGACUCCAACCAGACACACACCACGCCCCCAGUGACCACGCUCCCCUACACAUCUUCAUCCUCUUCCUCGUCAUCCUUGUCAUCCCCCACAGUCUUGCAGAGCAAGGGGAGCUCAACUGCUACCUCCUCUGCUGUAGCACCCAACUCCUCGCCCAUUAGCAUUGUGAAGAAACAGCGCCCUCUGCUGCCCAAAGAUCCGCCACAGCCUGUGCAGCGUGGCAUGGUGUGGAACCCCACCAAGCUCCAGACAGCAUCACCCAAAUGGCCUACACACCAGCAGCAGAGCCAGCUGUCUCAAAACAUGUCUUUUGGCCAAUCACAAAUCCAAUCACAGACUUCAAAUUCAGCCCAGUCCAGUACCCGAUACCAGACCAGACAGGCCGUGAAGGCCGUUCAACAAAAAGAUACUCCACGUAGCUCUUCCUCCUCUGUUACGCUGGUAACUGGCUCCUCUUCCUCAUCAGGCGGAGACCUCAGCAUCCCCACAGCCUCAGCGGACGUGGCUGCCGACAUUGCCAAAUACACUACCAAAAUGAUGGAUGCAAUUAAAGGAACAAUGACAGAAAUCUACAAUGACCUGUCAAAGAGCACAACUGGGAACACUAUUGCUGAGAUCCGCAGGCUGAGGAUUGAGAUUGAGAAACUCCAGUGGUUGCAUCAGCAGGAGCUCUCGGAGAUGAAACACAAUCUCGAGCUUACCAUGGCAGAGAUGAGGCAGAGUCUGGAGCAGGAGAGAGAGAGAAUGGUGAUGGAGGUAAAGAAACAGAUGGAAUUGGAGAAACAGCAGGCGGUGGAUGAGACGAAGAAGAAGCAGUGGUGUGCCAACUGCCGGAAAGAAGCCAUCUUCUACUGCUGCUGGAACACCAGUUACUGUGACUACCCAUGUCAGCAGGCACACUGGCCAGAGCAUAUGAAGUCCUGUACACAAUCAGCCACAGCCUCCCAGCAGGAACCAGAAGCAGAGGUGUCUUCAGACGCAGCAGUGGUCAAACCCUCAGAUCAGUCUCCUAUUUCACAGACCUCACCCAGCACAAACGGAGCCACAACGACAGACAGAGACUCCAUCACCGCAGAAAAAACUAGAAGUGUGACUGUGUCCUAGCCCCAAAACUGUGGACUUCUUGUUUUUAAUGUGUAACUAUAAAACAUCUUAUUUGGGGGAGGUUUUUGAAUGAGGGUGAAAUAAAAGGAUUAGAGUUCAGCUGGGCAAAGCUGAGACUGAAUUUUCCGUGUUGUGAUUCAGGUAAAGACACUUGAAGGUUUUUUUUUGUAACAUCACAGUCUUGCUCUUCACCAUUUUUCCUUCUCAAAGGGCAGAGGAUUCAGUCUGCAAUGUGUUCUUUGUUGUUAUUGUACAUUAUCAGUGCAUACUGUAUUCACAAUUUAAUUGACGUACAGAGACCUGUACAAAGAAUUUAACAAACUUUAAAAUGAAUUCUGUAAAGUACAAUGUUCACAUUUUUAUACAUAUUGUUGUUUUUUUUUUUGUGGUGCUACAGAAAAUAAACUGUUCAAAUUUACAUAUUUUCCCCUGCCAAAAAUGUGAUCAGUGU